AUGUUUCACACUGAAUUACUAGCUGUGAUCUUCUUAUGUUUAGUAAUAUUUUUCAUAGCUCUUUGGUAUUUAAUAUUUUAUCCCGAUUCAAGACAGAUUAUGAAACGUACAAGACGGGUAAAAUCUAUGAAUAAACAGUCAAAUAAUAAAGACGCAAGAAAAGAAAUUGCCCGACUUUAUAGCUUCGAUAAGAAUGCCUAUCAAGAGACGAAUCUUUAUUCAUGUGGUAUUAGUAGUACUGAACAUUCGAAAUGUGAUUCAUUUGGUAAUGCAAGUUUAAAAACAAUCAAAGAAAUGAUGAGAUCUAAAGAAAGACAACAAAGAUACAGUUUACAACAAAUGUCAUCAUAUCAAUCAAAUGAGAAUGAUCAUAGAUUACCAGUCGCCAGUGAUAAAAAAACUAAACUUAUUUUUGGUUUAGAUAAUCCACCAUUGAAUAUCACUAAACUUCAAAUGGUACAACCAGAUUAUAAUUUAGUUACAAAGAAAGGGAAAUUAAUUCGAGCAUUCUCUGAAAGUUGUACGACUAAAUGUGCAAGUCACACUAGUAGUAUCGAUCACGAGAAUGGUGAGAUAAGUGACAAUAAAACAUCAACAUCAUCCGAUAAAGAAACACAAAAAGGAAUUCAUUUAGCAAAGUUAAGUGGUUCAGAUCUUGCCAAAAACUUACAGCCUUGGCCAAACCGUACAAAAUUCAAAUCAUUAUUUCGAAGUGAAAAAUCAUUAUCAUCAUCAAGUGAAUCUGUAUGGUCGGAGGUUAAACGUCGCUUAAGUAGUACUGAAAAAGUUUUUGACCCUGUUAUGCGUAUUUUGUCUACAGUACCAUUGAAAAAUCAAACAGAUUUAGACAAUACAUGGACAAAUUUCACAAUGAACCCAGAUACAAAUGGACACAUAUGCUUUUCAUUGGCGUAUACAUGCACUGUUGGAAUACUGAAUAUAACAAUUAACCGAUUAAUUGGUGUUAGUAAUCUUAUUAAAAGUUCAAAUAUUUUACCAAGUCAAUCACCAACUAAUUUUGUUGUAAGUUUACGUUUAAGACACAAUAAAAGUUCUACAAUUUACACUGAAGCACACGAUGAAGACGAUGAAGGGAGAAUAAAUUCACGUAAUAAAAGUGAAGGUUUUCAUAAAAAUUAUUUCACACAACCAGUUUUAACUUCAUUAAACCCAAAUUUCGAUCAAUCAUUCCUAUUUUCCGUCACAAUGAACGAAUUAGAUAGUACUGAAUUAGUUUUGACGGUAUUACAGUCAACAACAGUGAAUAGUUCUACUGAUGAAUUUGCCAACUUAAAUAAUAAUAGAAUACCAAGACGUAAUAAUUCCGUCGUCUCAUGUCAUCAUUCAUAUCCCUAUGGAAAUGAUAGAUGUUCACGUAGAAUGAAUAUGAUAUCUGAAGAGAUGAGAUGUAUUGGUGUAACAUUUUACAAAUUAAACCAACAUGAAUUAAUUAAUUGUCCCGAAAAAAUGCAAAAUAUUUGGCAGGAAUUACGCAAAUUACCAGAGUUACAAAGUAGACAGUCGAAAAUAGCAAGUUGUGAUAACAAUGAUUCGAUAAGUGGUCCAGUAAAUUACAAAUUGUAUCCAUUCAUUACGGAAAAUGAGGAUCGUCAAAAAAAUGAGUUCGGGGAUGGAAAAACUUUGGUAUUGCUUAUAUUUCAGUCGAAUAUUAGUUCAGAAGUUUCGCAAAUUGAAGAGUUAAACCAAUCAAUGGUCAAAGUAACUAUUCAAUACAAAAUAGACUCUUCUAUCUUAGAAAUUUAUAUAGAAGAGAUAAAAAAUGUCAAAAUUUUAAAAAAAGAAACUGAAAUGAUAUUUCAAGCAUUAUUGUGCCUUGGUAAUACAACCUUAUCCAUUGUACGAUGCAAACCAAUUCGACUUGUUAAGAAAAAAUCAUAUAAUGAAGAGAAUAGCAUUGAUCAAAGUGACCUAUUCCACAUUUGUAAUCAUAUUUCAAUUCCUAAAGAUGAACAUGUCUCAUUAAAUGUAGAUGUGAAUCGAUUAUUAAACUAUAAUAAUAUUGGAAUAAUAUUACAAAUAUUUACCCGAACAGAUACAUCGAAUCACUUAAGACGUGUGGCAAAUAUAUCAAUUGGUGUGACUAAAUUAAUCGAUAAUUUAGCAUCAAUUCAAUGGAAUGCAUUAAUUAAAGAAUUAAAACAAUUAAAAAGUAAUAAUCAAUUAUUUGGUUCAACAAAAAAAAUCACUUAUUGGCAUUUAAUGGAAUCAUUUUGA